AUGGACAAAACACUUGAGAUACGAAAAGUCGCCCUUUUUCCCAACAAAAAGAGGACGAGAGUUGAUGACAGAGAUGGAAUCAUUCAUAAUGUCAAGGAGGCUUUGGAUGAAUAUCGAGAGACAUUAACUAAGCUCCGUCAAAAACAUGGUAGUGAAGCCAACAAACUAGAUUGUUGGAGGCCUGAUAUUGAAGCAGUAAUGCAUCUGAGAAAGAAAGGAAAAUUGGUUAACAUGAGGAAGCAAUUAGGACCGAUUCUAGGAGUUGAGGUUGGUGACGAGUUUCGUAACAGGGCUGAACUAAUUGUUGCUGGCCUCCAUCAUAACUUUUGGCGUGGUAUUGAGUAUAUGAAGAAGGAUGGGAAAAUUUUGGCAACAAGCAUUGUUAAUUCUGGCCGUUACGCUAACCAUGUAGGAUCUCCUGAUAUCUUGUUUUAUUCAGGUGAAGGUGGAAAUCCUAGGGUUGAAUGUAAAAAGCCGAAGGAUCAAACACUUGAACGUGGAAACCUUGCACUAAAGAAUAGCAUGGAAGUACGAACUCAUGUAAGGGUAAUUCGUGCCGUUAAACAUUUUGAGGUGGGCACAUGUGCUAAGAAACGUUCUUUCACAACUUAUGUUUACGAUGGUCUCUACAAAGUCGAGCAUUUUUGGCAAGAAAGAGGGGAAUUCGGCAAACUUGUGUUUAAAUAUUUUUUGAAAAGGAUACCGUGGCAACCAAUAAUCACAUGGGAAAAAGUUUCAAAACAGUCAAAAAAGCCUAUGGUGUCAAAGGAUAUUAUUUGUAAAAAUGAUAUCUCUGAAGGGAAAGAGAUGAUGCCUAUUCGUGUGGUCAAUGCAAUAGAUAGCGAGAGUCAUCCAGCUUUCAAUUACACACGGUCCGUGAUUUAUCCAAAUUUCUUCAUGGCAACAAAACAAAGGGGUUGUGAUUGCCUUCAUGGAUGCUUAGAAUGCAAGUCAUGUCCUUGUGUAAUGAACACUGGAGGGGUUUGUUCACCUAACAACACGAUAAUAGAUAGGAAAUCCCUUAUUUACGACUGCGGUACCACGUGUAAGUCCUCUUCUAGCAAAAAUAGAAGUUGUCAACAUGGGAUUCAGUUUAAACUUGAAGUCUUCAGGACAAAAUCAAAAGGAUGGGGUGUCAGAUCACGAUCAUAUAUUCCAUGUGGAAGUUUCAUAUGUGAGUACGUAGGAGAAAUUCUUCAAGAGAAAGAAGCUAAACGAAGAAGGGGGAGUGAUGAGUAUUUCUUUUGGACAAAUGGUAAAUUUGUUGACCAUGCUUUUCGAGAUGCUUCUCAACAUGUCUCUUUUCCUAUGUUACCAAAUUUCUUCGGAGACGGUUUUGUCAUUGAUGCCACACAACAUGGGAAUGUAGGAAGAUUUGUCAAUCAUAGUUCUUCUCCUAAUUUGUUUGCCCAAAAUAUCCUUUAUGAUCAUGAUGAUGUGAGAAUCCCACACAUGAUGUUAUUCGCUAAGAAGAGCAUUCCACCUAACCAAGAGCUAACUUAUGAUUAUAGUUCUAGAGUAGGUAAGAUUGUACCAUAA